AACACGACCUAAACCUUAUCUGCCACGGCCUCUUGUCACGUUAUAAACGACUAGAUAAGGCAGGGACAAAAUUCCUUCGGUACAUUUAACAUAAAACUUCAGAAUGGUUAUUUACGGUGCGUUUGUGUUAGCACUCUUCUGUGGGGUGUCGUCUGGGGCAGUCGCUAAAUGUAAAACAAGCGGUGAGUGUGGUACAGGUCAAUGUUGUUAUAUAGAGCCAGAAUUUCUCGUGGCCAGCAAGAGGCAAGCAGUACUUCCCGUACUCCAUCAACAUCAUGAUGCAGGUAUUUGCGAAAACUAUCGCUUACAAGGCGAUCUCUGCUACCCACUAGAGACGGCCAAUGGGCAUUGUGGGUGCGGAUCUGGACUAAGUUGUCAGUGGGUUCCAGAGCCAACGACAAUUUCUGCUAAAAGAGGCAUGAUUUACCAUCCAGGACCUGGCAACUAUAGGUGCGCAACAAGACAGUAGGGGAUGGUAGCAACGAAAUCUUGAGAAGUUCAUCUUGUGAAUUAUAACGAAAUGACUCAAUGACAAAUAAUUAAGAAAAUGUUUUUAUAGAUUAAUAAACAAAUUAUCUAAUUC